AUGUUGACUAUCAAGUGGUGUAUGUUAUACCUUCAUACGUUAGCAACAUUCUCCAGCAUAUGGCUGACUGGCGCCAUGAUGCCAUUUGUUUAUUUUCCGGCGUGUGCUGGGUUUACUGUUGGAUUACUGCCCUAUUUAAAUGUGUCGACUGAGAUUCAGGGGUACAUUGGUAUUGGGUGUUUGGGGAUGCUUGCCCUCUCCCUGCCCAUCCUAUUCGAAAACCGUCAACGCUACCUUGUCGACAACUACAAAAUCACUCAUCCGAUAUCCCGAUGCCUAUUCUACACCCUCAAUGUCCUAUUCGUUCCCUUAUCACUAUUCGGUGUCUUCUCAAUAGUGCCCGAACAAGUCACCGCCCGUCAGGUAGUACUUCAACAUCUACCAUGCCCAACGGACAAUUAUUUUCUUCAUUCUGUAUUCGUGCUGAGCCUUAACCAUAUCCCUAUUAUAACCUAUUUGAGUGCUCUUUCUACAGUAGCCGUUGUUCAGAUUCUGUUUUUCGGUGGUCACUCUUUAACUUAUCUGAAGACAGACGCUAAGAAAAUCUCUGUGGCGACAAGGAAACUCCAAAGAAGAUUCUUCAUGGUUAUAAGCGUACAGCUAGUGGUUCCAUGUAUUAUACUACUCAUUCCAGUUAUUUAUUUUAUAUUUUCAAUGCUCAGCGGGUAUUAUAAUCAAGCCCUCAACAAUAUCAGCUUUGUCACCAUGUCACUCUACGGUGCCACCGCUACACUCACCAUGUUAUUUCUUCAUAAACCUUAUAAGAAAUUUGUGAUGGGUGUCUUCCCAACACGUGAUAAGACACUGGUCGAUGUGAGGAAACCACGAAGAUGGGUUAGGAGGAAUGCGGUGUCAGUUACAACACCGGUCUCAUUUUGA